AUGACGCAGUUCCUCCUCUUCGAGGCGGCCUCGGGCUAUGCCCUCUUCGAGGUGACGGCCCUGGACGAAAUCGGCACCUCGGUGGACGCCGUGCAAGCCUCCGUCACAGACCUGUCUCGCUUCGGCAAGGCCGUGAAGCUGACGGCUUUCAGGCCAUUCUCAUCUGCCGCCAAUGCGCUGGAGCAAAUAAAUGCCGUGUCCGAGUCUCAGGUGACGGAGGACCUGAAGAACUUCCUGACCUCCAGCCUGCCCAAGGUGAAGAAGGCGUCGUCUGCCAAGUUCAAGCUGGGCGUGUCGGAGCCCAAGCUGGGCAGCGCCAUCCAGGAGGAGACGUCCGUCCCCUGCGAGUGCAACGAGUUUGUAGGCGAGCUGAUCCGCGGCGUGCGCGCCCACUUCACCACCUUCAUCCGGGGGCUGGAGGAGGGCGACAGCGCGCGCGCGCAGCUGGGCCUGGCCCACUCCUACUCCCGCGCCAAGGUCAAGUUCAACGUGCACAAGUCGGACAACAUGAUUAUCCAGGCCAUCGCGCUGCUGGACACGCUGGACAAGGACGUGAACACCUUUGUCAUGCGCGUGCGGGAGUGGUACUCCUGGCACUUCCCGGAGCUGGUCAAGAUUGUGAGCGACAACUACCAGUACGCGCAGCUGGCCCUGCUGAUCAAGGACAAGGCCACGCUGGGGGAGGACAAGCUGGGCGCGCUGCAGGAGAUCAUCGGCGACGAAGACAAGGCGCGGGAGGUGGUGGAGGCGGCGCGCAUGUCCAUGGGCCAGGACAUCUCGCCCAUCGACCUGGUGAACAUCGGGACCUUUGCCGCGCGCGUGAUCUCGCUGGCCGAGUACCGGCAGAAGCUGGCCACCUACCUGGCCGACAAGAUGCACGCCGUGGCGCCCAACCUGGCCGCGCUGAUCGGGGACCUCGUGGGCGCGCGCCUGAUCAGCCACGCUGGGUCGCUGACCAACCUGGCCAAGUACCCGGCCUCCACCGUGCAGAUCCUGGGGGCGGAGAAGGCCCUGUUCAGGGCGCUGAAGACUAAGGGCAACACGCCCAAUCGGUACCUGGCCAACAAGUGCUCCAUUGCCUCGCGCAUCGACUGCUUCCUGGACCAGUCGACCGACGCGUUUGGGGCCAAGAUGAAGGAGCAGGUGGAGGAGAGGCUGCGUUUCUACGAAGAGGGUGUGGCCCCCCGCAAGAACCUGGCCUGCAUGAAGGAGGUGAUCAGUGGGCUGGCCGGCGGCGAGGAGGAGAUCGUGCUGGACGCGCCGGUGACGGAGAAGAAGAAGGCCAAGAAGGCCAAGGCGCUAGCCGAGGAGGAGGAGGGGUCCAAGAAGAAGAAGAAGAGGAGCGCCGAGGAGGAGGCCCCGGUCACGGAAGAGAAGACCAAGAAGAAGAAGAAGAAGGCCAGCGCAUGA